GAGCCGCGGACGCGGAGCGAGGCCGGCCGCUGGGUACUUCCUGUGGAGGCCGCAGCGGGCGCUGGCGCCGACGGGCCGAGCGCCGAGGGAGCGAGCCAGCCAGCCAGCCAGCCGAGCCUCCCGCCGCCGCCAUGGGCCAGAACGACCUGAUGGGCGCGGCCGAGGACUUCGCCGACCAGUUCCUGCGCAUCACGAAGCAGUACCUGCCGCACGUGGCCCGCCUCUGCCUGAUCAGCACGUUCCUGGAGGACGGCAUCCGCAUGUGGUUCCAGUGGAGUGAGCAGCGGGACUACAUCGACAGCACCUGGAGCUGCGGCUACCUGCUGGCCUCCUCCUUUGUCUUCCUCAACCUGCUCGGACAGCUGACUGGCUGCAUCCUGGUGCUGAGCAGGAACUCCGUGCAGUGCGCCUGCUUCGGGCUCUUUGGCAUCAUCGCACUGCAGACGAUCGCCUACAGCAUUUUAUGGGACUUGAAGUUUCUGAUGAGGAACCUGGCCCUGGGAGGAGGCUUGCUGCUGCUGCUGGCCGAGUCCCGAUCCGAAGGCAAGAGCAUGUUCGCAGGCGUCCCCACCAUGCGUGAGAGCUCCCCCAAGCAGUACAUGCAGCUCGGAGGCCGAGUCCUGCUGGUCCUGAUGUUCAUGACGCUGCUCCACUUUGACGCCAGCUUCUUCUCAAUCCUUCAGAACAUCGUGGGCACGGCGCUGAUGAUUUUGGUGGCCGUCGGCUUCAAAACCAAGCUGGCCGCCUUGACUCUUGUCGUCUGGCUGUUUGCCAUCAACGUGUACUUCAACGCCUUCUGGACCAUUCCUGUCUAUAAGCCCAUGCACGACUUCCUCAAGUACGACUUCUUCCAGACCAUGUCGGUGAUCGGAGGCUUGCUCCUGGUGGUGGCCCUGGGCCCAGGGGGUGUGUCCAUGGACGAGAAGAAGAAAGAAUGGUAACGGAGUCCUCCCUGCCUGGCUGGGACCCACGGCCGUCGAGGACUGGUUCAGGGUGGAUUUGAGUAACUGCCAGCAUCUCCUGUACCCUCUUCCCUUCCCUCCCUUGGUAAAGGCACAGAUGUUUUGAGAACUUUAUUUGCAGACACCUGAUCAGUAAUGGCUAAACCUGCUAUGGACCCACAGCCUGGCAUCUGACUGUGCGGAGCCGGCCGGCCGAGGCCAGCGCCCCCCGCCCCGGGGCAGGGCCGUGGCUUGUUGGAGUGAGCAUCUUGCUUGGCUGUGGCCCGUCGGCCCAACUUUUUUUCUUUUUUGGGGUGGGGGACCUUGAAACUGUACUGUGAGCAGAUACAUUUGUGUAUCAUUCAAAGCAGUCUCCCUCUUUUUUUUUUUUGAAGUUUACCUUUUUAGCUAAAACUACUCAAUGAUUCGGGGUGGCCCAGCCCAACAUCAACACACUGGUUUAGGCCCACACCAGUGCCUUCCCCGUGGGCUCCGCCCUGCGCUGUGAUCCUGUUAUAGGGCCAGUGAGAGCGUUUAGAGAAACCCCAGACUCCAAGAAUACGGCAGUAUUAGAGCAGGGGCUGAAGCUGCGGUUUACGGCCAGGGCGUUCCUCAGAGAAGCAGCCGGUGCAGUUUCCACAGGGUGAUGCCUGGGAGCGCGAGGGGCUCAUGGCGGGGACAAGGCCCUCAAAGGCCACCCGGAGCCCGCAGAGGCCGGAGCCCAGGCCUGGCAGCACGUGUGGGCCUCAUCAGUGCCCAGAUGGGGAGCAGCCGCCACCGUGGGCAGGGCUGGGCCGGAGCGGGCGCUCAGACCAGUUACCUCAGGCCGACCUGUCCCAGAGCUGCAGCCGGCGCCCCACCACCCGGUGCCCCCGGCCCGCUUGCUCCCUGCCCUCACGAGGCCGCUGCUUGCUCAGAUUGUCUAUUUGCUAUGCUGAAUGCAGCCCCAGUUACUUUUUACGAUUUGUGAUGCCUUACCGAUCGGAUCUUGAUCCUGUAUUUAAAGUUUUCUGACAUUGC